CGGCCAGGGUUGUGCUGCUGCGGCAGGGGCCAGUGUUGUUCUGGCAAACUCACGAUGGUUCCUGCUGACCGGUGCUUUUCUUUAUUAACUGUCAUUUCCCCCUCUUUACUUCUUCCUUUUUUAUUUAUUCCGUUUUACCGUUUCUCUCCCCUAAGUAUCCGUGUUGACGCCGAACAUCGUCACUUGGUGGGGGCCAUUCCGCCUUAGAAAGCCAUCGUAUCAUUGACGACAUUGUUUGCAGCCACCUGGGCCUCCCCCCUUUGUUAAAACAAGAGGUAGUCAACAUCUUUACUGCCUGCCAGUAGCAUGUCUGCGAGGUUCCAUCCUUGACCUAUCAUUCCCCCACCAUGUCCUCGUUAACAGCCGCAUCCACCCUUACUCGCCGAGCUCGCUGUGCUCAGGCUACACCAAGCUCGGUUGGAGCUGUCCUCAACCUCCACCAGCAACAAACACGCAGCUUCAGGUUCAGCCGAACAUGGAUCGUCCACAUCGACGCUGACCAGGACCGAGAUAUAUGCCGCCGCCACCGCUUCGCUCGCCAGAGAUAUCCAGACAUACUCCAUCGGCAUCUUUCCUGGGACAAGAGCAGCUUCAGCAGGCCAUCAAACCCAUCCAAGUCCUCACCCUACGAUUACUGGCGCACCGAUCAAUCGCCGAGUCUUUCCAGGAACAGAUGGGCCAGCAGCAAUAUCCCCAACAAGACCACCGGGAACCCCACUGGCAUCCGGCCAGGCCAAAACAUUGAGGAUGCUGAGAGGGCGCCACUGGAGCACUUGCUUUUCGGCAAGCAGGAGCGGCGGGCCAAAGUCACAGCGCUUGAUCCGGCAGACGUCACCAAAACCUUCAAGUCGUAUCGUUCCCAGUUCGCGGGAUUUCAGCCCCCACCACUCGGUGUUGCACAGGAGCCGAUAUUCUACGACGGCCCGCCACCCGAGGCGGAGUUGAAACUCUACGGCAAGGUCAAGAUCGAUUCAGAACCUUGGGCCGCUGUCCCGAGAAAGCCAGCUCCAGCUCCGCGUAGCCAGUCUGUUCCAGAUGUCGUCAAUGCUCUUAACGAUAAGCAUGCCGAGGUCUUGUGGAACGAAAGCAAUAUCACUGGAUCGGGACAAGGUCUUAACACAUCCGAGUAUAACGACCUGGACAAGUAUACACCCGUUGUCGAUCCAGCCUCAGACCCAGUUCAGGUUCAACCCGAGGAGUACAAAGAUCUCGGCAGAUACGUUCCAAUCAAGCAUCAGGAACCAGAUGGAAAACCCACGGGCCAAGAAGAGUCUAUCGAGUACGAAGACCUCGACAAAUACGGGCCUGUGCGCUCUCAUGAGCCGGACGGGAAGUACAAGAUCGAUCCAGACUCAGAACCUGUACCAGAGGACCUUGGAAAGUAUGAGGAUGGUGUCAGCUCGCAUGAACCUGACGGAAAGUACAAACCCAUGCAGCAGGCUUCCGUGAGUUCAGAGAAGUUGGGCAAAUACGACGCGGCCGUUCGUGCACAUGAACCGGACGGGAGAUACGCCCCUGUCUUGGCCGAACCCAACCUCGAUCCCGCUGAGAUUGCAGAGUACAGCAAGCCAUUUUUGAGCCAUGAACCCGAUGGAAAGUAUGCAGAAGCCUAUGUUCGACCGUCGCAAGAUGAAGCUGAACUCGCACAAUACGAGGCUUUCCGCAGUCACGAGCCGGAUGGAAAAUAUGCGCCCGAACAGUAUCAGGCUGGUUACGAUCCUGUCGAGCUCAAGACAUAUAUCCCUUUCCGCAGUCACGAGCCCGAUGGCAAGUACGCGGCAUCCCACGUCGCGCCCACACAGGAUUCAGCGGAGUUGAAGAGCUACAGAGCCUUCCGGAGCCAUGAGCCUGAUGGGAAGUAUGCGGUAUCUGAGGCCGAAUCUGACUCCGAACCAGUGGAACUGGACAGUUACAAGGCAGUACGAAGUUGCGAGCCUGACGGCAAAUACGCCGCAAACAUCAACGCCUCAAUCACAGAGCCAACUGAUCUGGACGAGUAUCAAGGGGGGUUUCGCAGCAAUGAGCCAGACGGCAAGUAUGCGCCCUCGGCAGAAGACUUGAAGGAGGGCCCCGACUUGGGCAAUCACGAAGCGUUUACACUGGAGGACUCCGAGACGAGCCGCACCGCUCAACGGCAGAAAGCCAUACCCGCAGCCAAGAAUGAGGCCGAGAUUACCACUGAGUUCCGAAAGGUUGUUCAGGAGUUGAUGGCCAAUCCAACCGCCGAAUCCGCUCUCGCCUCACAGAGGUCAUCGAGCUACCAAUCUUCGGAUGGCAAAGAGACGCCCAAACCCAAAAAGUCUAAACGACUCACUGGCCAAACAGAGACAACUCCCGCCAACCUCUCAGAACCAGUACUCUACAAGAUUUUGGCUUAUGACCCCGUGAUGCAGGCAAUAGAUGUUGCCGAGACCACAUCUGUCGUGCCAGACAGCGCCACACCCUUGAGCCCAGCCGAGGUUCUUCUUCGGAUCUCCAACCCUGCCCGCUUCUUCCCUCAUUUUGCCCCUCUCCAAGCCCAGGGCUUCGAGAUCGUUUCCGGCAGCGGCGAUGUCCUCAUCUUCCGCAAGGUUCGUGAGCCAGUCGUCGCCAAGGAGGAACAGGUCGCUUCUACCAAGACGGUCCCAGCUUCAUCGCCCACUUCACCUGUCAACCCCAUCGACAUGACUGGCGGUGGCCUUGUCCCGGAGUACAAUGUCGCGGCCGGCCGGUUUGCUAGUCCCACUGGCUUCGUCAACUACGACUUGCCUUCGGAGAAGACGAUCGGCCGCUAUGUUCCGCAGGGUGAGACUUUCUUUAGUCCGGGUCAGAGAGCAGAGGAGAUGCAUGAGAGGCACUCGGCGUGGGAGGAGAAGCAGAAGAAGAAGAAGAAAGGGAGUCUUCUCAAGCGUCUUGCUGUUAGCGCGGCUGGGGUUGCGAGUGUUUCGUUUGGUGUUGCUGUGCUAGCUGAGGGGAUGAAGAAUGAGGUGAAGGGGGUGAAGGUGGUUAAGAAGAACUGA